ACAUAAAUUGAAACUUACGCUUUUCGUUGUUUUCUCUUUUUUCUCUCUCUUUCUUUUUUCACAAAUCCACGAAACUCAUACAUAAUGUCUGCUCCUCACCUCUGGCUCCGCGCUGAAACCAAGCCGAUGGAACAUCGUGCUGCCUUGACUCCUUCGACUGCCAAGGAGUUGCUGGACGCUGGUUUCAAGAUCACUGUUGAGCGCUCCGACCAGCGCAUUUUCGAUGAUGAGGAAUACGUCAAGGUUGGCUGCCCUCUUGUCGAUACCUUGAGCUGGAAGACCGAUGCUCCUGCUGACGCAUACAUCGUCGGUUUGAAGGAGCUGCCCGAAAAUGACGACUCCCCUCUUCACCAUACCCACAUCUUCUUUGCUCACUGCUUCAAGAACCAAGGUGGCUGGAAGGAGAUUUUGCACCGAUUUGAUGCCGGCAAGGGUACCAUUUUGGACUUGGAAUUCUUGAACGACGCCAGCGGUCGUCGUGUUGCUGCCUUCGGUUACAUGGCUGGUUUCGCUGGCUCUGCCGUCGCCAUCGAUGUCUGGUGCCACCAAAAGACCAAGGGCUCGGAGAUCUAUGGUGCUUUGAAGCCUUAUCCUAACGAAGAAGCUCUUAUCAACUACACCAAGGGCCGUUUGGCUGAAGCUGCUGCUGCCAACGGCAACCAGUACCCCAAGGUCAUGGUCAUGGGCGCUUUGGGUCGCUGUGGUACCGGUGCCGUCGACUUUGUCCGCAAGGCCGGUAUUCCCGAGGAGAACAUCAUGAAGUGGGAUAUCAACGAGACCAAGGGCGGUGGUCCCUUCCCUCAAAUUUUGGAUGCUGACAUCUUUGUCAACUGCAUUUACUUGACUGCCAAGAUUCCUCCCUUCAUUACCCGUGAAAUGACCAACGGCAAGCGCAACCUGUCUGUUAUUUGCGACGUGUCCUGUGACACCACCAACCCUAACAACCCCAUUCCCGUUUACUCGAUCAACACUACUUUCGACAAGCCCACUGUCCCUGUCGAGAACACCAACCCAAAGCCUUUGGAUGUCAUUUCCAUCGACCACCUGCCCACCUUGCUUCCCCGUGAAAGCUCAGACAUGUUCUCUCAUGACUUGCUUCCCACCAUGCGUGAGUUGGCUACCCGCUCCAGCUCGCGUGUCUGGCAAGAUGCUGAGAAGCUUUUCCAAGAAAAGCUUGCUGCUUCGCGUCAGUAAGUUUCGAUCAAAUCUGUUGCUCUACUCAGUGGUAAUCAGUCGAAACAACACCCAUAUCCAACAUAUUCCGCAAACAAAAAGAAAGUAGCCCCUCUUCAAACUCUUACACAUACGACAUAUAUGUAAAACACAUAACUCUUUGUUCUUUGUACAUAAAAAUUAUCGAUUUUGUCUCUCUUGUAGUUGGUUUCUUCAAAGAAAAAGUAAUUGUAUG